GCUUGGACGCAGUCUGUGCCGCCGAAGGAGAAGGAGGCGGUGGAGAAGUGGAGCUGUUUGCGUAAAGCUUUCCUCAUGUGUCCGACCUGCAUGCGUAACAUGAUCAGGUUGCAGGCGUUCUCUGCCUAUGGGAGGAACCUCUCUCUACAUAGUUCUCUUACCCUUGUCGAUCACCCGCUAUUUUUCGGACAGCGUUCCAUACGUUCUAGGUAUGGUCGAGGUGGGUGUCGGCGUCGGAUCCCAGAUUGGGCGCCUGUUGGGUGGGUUCCUCUACGACGGGGGCGGCUUCUGGCUGCCGUUUGUGACUCUGGCGGUCGGCCAGUCUCUGUGGGCCCUGCUGGGCCUGCAGUUCGACGAGAUGCAGGGCUCCGCCGCCGCGACCUCGAUCACAGAGAGGAGAAGCUGACCAGGGUGCCGUACCUUUCUUUCCUGACGGCGAGAGGUUCCAUUGCCGUCAUGGCGGUUCUGUUCAACUACUUCAUGGUUGGCUUCAUGGACACUACGCUGCCGUCGCACCUCGAGGAGCACCUCGGGCCCAUACCGAUCUGGGUCGUCAGCGUGCUGAUGGCGGUAAGGACCGAGUGCAACCUAUCUGCUCGUCUCCUACUUCUGCGCGCAGGCGAUGCACAGAGGAUGGGUCAGCCUGGAGGCAUGCUCCUCAUGGGCCCGAUCGGCCCGGUGCAGUCGAUGCUGGCAUCCCGGGACGGGUGGCAGCCGUGGACGCUGCAGGUCCUGUCGUUCGUGGUGACGAGCUCGGGCCUCGCCGCCACGUUCAUCCCGACGCUACCGCUGCUGCAGCGCGAGGUCCGUCACCUCGGGGACCAGGCGGUUGAGCAGGUGGCGCAGACUGUUCUCACCCCCUCGGCCGUGUCCCUCGGCGAAGCGGCUGGGCCCAUCCUGGGCGGGGCGUUGACGGCACGGGUGGGCUUCGUGCGCGCCGCCGCCGUGUGCGCGGCGCCCAUGGCGCUGGUGCUGGUUGGCUCCCUUCUCUGGCCAGGCCCUGCCCCAGCGGGCGUGGCUGGUUUGGACGUCCCGCUGGACGGGCCGGACCCCGCCGACGAGCCGUACCCUCUCCCGGUGUUCCUAGACGGGGAGUCGGCCUUCCGGGUGAGGCAGAUGUCCUUCGCGUUCAUAGGAGGUGGGGCCCCCCGGCUCGGCACCCUCGCUGACCUUCCGGCGGCACUUCUCGCCCAAGCCGAAGACGAGGCACCGGCCCUGGGAGAGCGCGCCGUCCGAGACCUUCCGCCGCGCCUACAGGUCGUGAGCCGCCGCCAGUGCGCGCCGCCAGCGCGAUCGCUCCAGAGAGGACGGGCGCCCGCGACGAGCUGGAUCCUCUUCCGUUUCCCCGUUCGUGUCCCCCCCUUUGUUUCUUGUAGUCGGGCCCCUGCUGUACCUUCCCUUGCGAACGGGGGUCUGCACGCGUCGUGCUCCAAAACAACGUGCAGGCAGGCUCUUCCAAACCGACCCGCCCGGACUCUCCCGGCCACAGCGUCGGGGGCGGCCAGGGAAGGCGUCGAACAGGCGGGCGUGGUGGGUGGGCCGACGCGUCCAUGCGCCCUGCUCGCCGUGUGGCGAACGUCGGCUUGACGCCCUCUUGCGCCGUGGCGGCCGAGCUCUCCCGCUCUUCCUCCCUGCUCCCUCGUGCCUCUCCUGCCUCUCUUCUCCCCGGCUCUGCCUCGUUGUCCUCCUGCCCCCUCCCCUCGUCGCCCCUUCUUCUUCACCGAGACGAUGGGAGCAGUCGCGGGGCUGCAAGGAAGUAUGCCCGAGUUUGCCUCCGCACGACCUCGCAGGCACGGUGCUUGAUCACGGUUCCGCAUAUCCUGGUCAGGUUUUCGCGUGUUGCGUGCCAAGAUGAGACGUCAACGCCCUAACACGGCUGGCGUGUGUGCGUGAGUUUGAAGAAGUUUGCGGCCGAUUUAGUCGUUGAAUGGCAAGUGCCGCAGGUUCUGCGUACGUGGCUCUCUUCAAGUACCAGUUAGUUUUCACAUCAUAGAACGUUGUGAAGUAUAGUGUCCUCUUGCAUCUACGUUUCAUAUAAUGUAGUGGCGGCGAGAGUGACAGCAGUGCUCUGGUUUACGCUGCCAUGUGAGUGCCCAGAGA